AUGCAACCAGCACCUCUUCGUCGACGUCCAUCAGGACCACCAAGAUCUCGGGGAUAUCCACAACAAGGAGGAUUUCCACAACAAGGAGGAUUUCCACAACAGGGGGGAUUUCCACAACAAGGCGGAUUUCCACAACAAGGAGGAUUUCCACAACAGGGGAGAUUUCCACAACAAGGAGGAUUUCCACAACAAGGGGGAUAUCCACAACAAGGGGGAUAUCCACGACAAAGAGGGUAUCCACGACAAGGAGGAUAUCCACGACCAGCACCUGCUAGUUUUCCCGUUGCUCCUGCGCCAGCUGUUAUACCACCUCCAGCUCCAGCUGUAGUACAUACUGUACUUUUACCAGGAGGAGGACCAACGUAUCAUACUGGUCAUCAUCAUCACAGCCAGGCUGCUCAUCAUCAUACAAUUUAUAAUCCUGAAUCAGCUUAUGCUUAUACCGUUCCAGCUGAACAAUUCGUAACCUUACCAACUCUUGCUGGUCAAGCAAUGCUACCAGCUGCAAUGGGAGGUGGUCAAGGGGCAGCACCUCUUAUUCAUCCUAAUCCUAUAAAUGCACCUGUACAACCUGGUGUACGUCCUCUAAAUGGACCUGGUGUUGGUGCUCAACCCGGUAUGCCUGGCCGUAAUCCAUAUGGACCUAACGGCCCCGGUGGAUUUGGUGGACCCGGUGGAAUGGGUGGACCUCGUGGAUCUGGCGGACCUUUUGGACCUGGACAGAAUGGACAAUUUCCACCUGGUCGCUAUCGCCGAGUUAUUGCACGUCGUCGUUAA